UUUUUUUCUUCCCUUCUACCAGCAGCAGGCAAUAUAAUGAACUACACCCAAUGUGAAGAUCAAUGACACCUUACAGUACACGUCUUACUCGUACAGAUACAAAGACACUUUUGUUUGAACACAUUCAUUUCGACCCUCGACAAUCAUCAUAUCAUGCCUUCAACGGCCCUCUUCUACCUCCCACUCGCUCCGACUCAAACAUCCCCCACCUCGACACUGAUAUCACACAUUACACGUACUCUCCCCGCCGACCCUUUACCACCGUUCAUCCUCGAUCACCGUCUCUUCGUCGACACAUCUUCCCUCUUACCCAACACCGACACCUCUAAACGUUCAUUCACGAGCAUUCUACACCUGUCUCAAAUCCCACACGAUUCAUUUAUCGGUACCACUGGUGCCGGUGCCGGUGCCGCCGCCCCUCCUUCCCAGCCUUCCCAAUCCACUACGCCCACGACGGAACCUUCUCUGACAAUCACGUCCCUUCCAUCACCUGCGACGGACACGUUGACCCAACUCAUCGGCACGAAACUUCAACCUCAGUGGGCUCAUCGUCAAUCCGUCAUAAUCGACAACGGAACAUCCCUGAGUCUACACGACGGUGACUACACGGUCCGUAUAGGUGACCUGAAGACAUCACCGAGGGGAAACCAACCGCUGAGUCUCCGAGGGACCAUUCUCGAAGUCACCUACAACGCUGAUAAAGAUGAGGACGUCGAGGAGGCGGCCACCGACGGCGCGACUGCGACUGCGACCGCACGUGUGGGCAAAGAGGACGAAACCCUCCUCCGUGGCGUCGUCGACGCACUCGCCGAGUCGGCGGGCGUGUCAAUGGCGGGCGCUCGCGUGUUUUUCCGCAAGACGCUCCGUCAAGAGCGAGGCAAACUACCCCGCGGCGUGACCGAUUGGGACCUCGUGAGGUUGUACAUGACUGCACUGCGCGGGUCGAGGGGUUGAAAGACUUGAUGAUUGAUUCUCGAAUCUUUUUGCUCUACAAUAUGAUGAUACAUACACUGCCUGUUUGUAUGCCAUGCGAGUAUAUUGGGCCCGAACAACAAAUUCCUACAACACAGAAAUCCCACCUACAAUCAACGUCUGGACGUCAAGGGUCCCCCGGUCCAGAAUGGUAUCAUUCGAUCCGAGGUCCACAAUGGGACUGGACGAUACUUGUACACAUGGAUCAUGCCCGUCCCACAGUGGGCACAUUCCCCCGUCAACAGCGACGACAUGGCAACCAGCGGCCAUCAAAGAAAAGAACCGUGUCCAAGGGCACUGUGUGGGAGAGAUGAACGUCGAACCUCAAUUCAUACGGUCGCAACGCAUGUCAAUGACUCUCGCCACGGCGCACUGGCGCGCUCGACGCUCUCGACGCUCUCGAGCCCUCACGACAUUUCCGAUCUGAUAGUCAACAAGAUGCAAUUCCCCAUCGAGCGGAAAUUCGAGCUUUUGUGUAUUUCAAGGCGAUGUCGGCGAGUUAUGGCAAAUCGACAUGGCAUUCUUGUCAAUCAUCUCAUCUCAUCUCUUCACGUCAAAAUCACACUAGGAAGGGAAUAUCUAGACCCUCAGACUAUAGAGAACGGAUCUUCCGGACGAUUCUCAGGUGUUUUCUUUGUUGAUACCUAAAUGUUUAUAUAUUGCACAUGUAAAGUAUGUACUUGUGAAGAUGGUCGUCAAGUAUGUACAAUGACAAAGAAACAAAACACACAAAGACCG